AUGGAAGACAAGCGGACAGUAGCACUUGGGCAUCUACAGGAACCACGAGCAUACCUUUACUACAUCUACCAGCAGUUCAAAACCGACUACGAGUACUUCUACCACAAGCGCCACCACUUCAACCAUUUCAACCAUCUCUACGACAAUUACCACCCUCACUACCACCAGUUCCAUUCCGACCACCAGUACCAUUCUGACCACCACUACCAUUCCGACUACCACUACCAUUCCGACCACAAGUACCAUUCCGACCACAAGUACUAUUCCGACCACCACUACUAUUUCGACUACCACUACUAUUCCGACCACCACUACUAUUUCGACUACCACUACUAUUCCGACCACCACUACCACCAUUCCGACCACCACUACCACCACUACUGA